AUGCAGUACCCGAUUCAGCCAGCCUCCCUCACGCUGUCUCCAUCCCACUACCGUUGCUGGGUAAAGGUAAACCAGUACCUGCACAGCAUAGGAGGUCGCCGCUGGUUAAGGGCCUGUGUGGGCCCAUCUGCCCUCCCUGCCUUGCGAGUGCUCUUUCCCUCCGGCUUGGCCAAGGGCAGCGCCAAGGGCGAUCGCGGAGGGCGCAGCUGCCUGGGGCGGGCGGAGCGCCACCCCCCACCCCAUCACCGUGCACCGGUGCUCUGGAGCAUCCAACUUCAUUUCCACUUCAAUUUUAUCAGCGGCUGGGGAGCUGGGCAGAAGAUGGGAGACCAGAGACCGGCCCUGACACGAAUUAGCCCGGAGAUUGCCCGAUACAGCUCGGCCAGGCUCGGAGCUCGCUCCCCGCCCGUAUCUCCUUUGUGUCGGCUGCGGAGUCUCACCGCCUGGCCGCCCUCGGUUCCCGCAGCGCCGGACCCGGCAGGCGAGAUUGUUUGCACUUGGCCUUCUUCACCAAACCGAGACAAGCGGUGGCACGGCGCGCUCUGGGUGCCCUCGCCCCAGCAGGGCCGGGCCAGGUUUGACCCGAAGAAACCACCUUUAACUGCACCUUCUAGACCAGCUGGACCGACGGCAGAGGCCCUGGACCCUGGUUUGGGAUAGGGGUGGAGGUGGGGGUUGCCUCUUCCCAGAGCCUGGAGUGGGGAACACUAACCUGUCCCACUCCCCACCUCUAUUUCCGGGGUGCUGCUGGGGGAAAUUUUAUGUCUCUCUCAGGUUUGGGAACUGAUCCCACACUAAAAAGAAAGAAGAAAGAGAAAAAGAAAUGAUUUUAAAUUUUUUUAGGUCCAGAAAUGAAGCAGAAGUGAGUAAAUUUUAA